UAAUGGCUGCCACCCAACUGUUUAUGUAUACAUUCUCUCACAAGAAAAAUUAGGCCAAAUUACAAGACAAAUUUGCUAAAUUUGUGCUAUGUGUUUCAAUUUUAAUCAUAUGCUUUGAUUUUGUCAAUUAUCAAUUUUAAACUUCCAAUUUGCUAUAUUUUCCAUUAAUUCUUGAGAACAUCGUCAUUUCUAUCACUAUUCAAGAAGUAUUUCCUGCAAGAUACCAAUUAUGAAUCGUGCGAAAACGCUUCCCAGUAUAUUGCUGAUUGUCUUUAUACAUCAAUUUUGCACUUCACUAGACACCAUAACCAUUAACCAACCCAUUGUAGAUGGCAACAUUAGAGUUUCUACUGGGGAAACCUUUGCACUUGGUUUUUUCAGUCCAGGUAAAUCGAGCUACCGUUAUCUUGGAAUUUGGUACAACAAAAUUUCAGAAAAAUCUGUUGUUUGGGUCGCAAAUCGGGAUUCUCCUAUCAAUGAUACAUCUGGUGUCCUCUCAAUCAACAGUCAUGGAAACCUUGUGCUUAACAACAGAUACCAAACGACUCCCCUAUGGUUCACAAACGUUUCGGCUUUGCCAACAAACAAUUGUAUAGCUCAACUCUUAGAAUCGGGAAAUCUUGUAUUGUUUCAUAGCGGAAGUGCCAUAUGGCAGAGCUUUGAACACCCGACAAAUACCUUGCUUCCCAACUUAAAACUCGGGCUAGACAGAAGAACAGGUCUGAACAGGUUCCUAACAUCUUGGAAAUCUUCAGAUGAUCCUGAUACUGGCAAUUUCUCGGUUAGGAUCAACCCUGAAGGUUAUCCACAACUGUUCAUAUACGAGGGUCAUGUUCCAAAGUGUAGGGCCGGUUAUUGGAAUGGCGUUGGAUGGUCUGGAGUACCUUUUAUGCAGAAAGUUGGAUUUAUCUUCAGCUACAGCUAUGUGAACAAUGAGAACGAGAUUUCCUACUCGUGGAACGUUGUAAAUGGCUCAAUCUUGACAACAGGAGUGCUGAAUGAGUCGGGCUUUUUCCAUCGGUUGAAAUGGCAUGAGGACAAAGGUCGAUGGGAAGAGUUCGCGUCUCUGCCCAGGGACCAGUGUGACAGCUAUGGAUUAUGUGGAGCGUAUGGUAAUUGUGUUCGGCGCAAUGGUGAAAUCGACUGCACUUGUCUUCCCGGGUAUCAGCCCAAAUCACCUCAAGAAUGGUAUCGGAAAGAUGGGUCAGGCGGGUGCGUUAGGAAGAAUCAGACAGCACUCUGCAGAAACGGUGAAGGAUUCGUAGAGGUGACAAAUGUGAAGGCUCCGGAUACUUCAGUUGCCCGUGUAUUGGCAAAUUUGGAUCUGAAAGCUUGUAAAGAUGAGUGCUUGAGGAAUUGUUCAUGCACUGCUUAUGCAAGUAUGGGUGUGACAGAGGGAAGUCGAUGUUUGACAUGGUAUGGUGAUUUGCUAGAUACAAGAGUAUUUACAGAAGGUGGACAGAGUAUCUAUGUGCGUGUGGAUGCACUUGAGUUAGCUCAAUAUGCAAAUAAGCGCAAGGACCUUCUUGCAAGGAAAGGGAUAUUGGUAAUCAUGAUACUGUCCGUAGCUACGGCAGUUUCCUCUGUUGUUCUUUUCUCAUACUGCUUGGUGAGGAGGCAGAAGAGAUUAUCACAAAAUGGGCAACAUGAAAUGUUUACCUCUAGUUCUAGUACUCUCCCAGAUGAUCAUCCAAGGGAAAAGGAGCUUGACAGAUCUGGAAGUGAUCCACAUUUACCUUUCUUCGAUAUAGACACAAUAGUUGAAGCAACUGACAAUUUUUCCAACAAACUUGGAGAAGGUGGUUUUGGCUCAGUGUAUAAGGGUCAACUAUCAAAUGGACAAGAAAUAGCAGUGAAAAGAUUAUCUAAACAGUCAGGACAGGGGAUAAAAGAAUUCAUGAAUGAAGUACAGUUGAUAUCAAAACUUCAGCACAGAAACCUUGUCAGGCUUUUUGGUUGUUGCAUUCAUAAAGAAGAUAAGAUGCUAAUCUAUGAAUAUUUACCAAACAAAAGCUUGGACUACUUCAUCUUUGAAAAGUCAAGGAAGCAACUAUUGGACUGGAAAAAGCGUUUUGAAAUUAUUUUUGGGGUAGCUCGAGGAGUUUUAUAUCUACAUCAAGAUUCAAGAUUAAAAAUCAUCCAUAGAGAUUUGAAAGCAAGCAAUAUUCUAUUAGAUGCUUCAAUGGAGCCAAAAAUUUCGGACUUUGGGUUGGCUAAAUUGUUCAAGGAACAUCAAAUUGAAGCCAUUACAAAGCAAGUGGUUGGAACAUAUGGCUAUAUGUCUCCAGAAUAUGCAAUGGAUGGUCUAUAUUCUGUAAAAUCUGAUGUCUUCAGCUAUGGUGUCUUAAUACUAGAGAUCAUAAGUGGCAAGAAAAACACCGAGUAUGACAAAGAAAGCCCUUCUCUGAAUUUGAUAGGGAACGUUUGGAAGCUAUGGAGGGAAGGAAAAGGCUUGGACAUAGUUGAUUAUUCAUUGUUGGAACAUUCAUACCCUUGUGAAGAAAUUUUGAGAUGCAUUCAGAUUGGACUUCUAUGCAUUCAGGAACACCCAGCUGAUCGGCCAACCAUGCUUGAAGUUGUGUUCAUGUUAGGCAAUGAAACAAGUCUUCCUUCUCCUAAAAAACCAGCAUUUGUUUUCCGAACUCAAAGUGGGCAAGAAUCUUUAAUAACUAGAGGAGAAGUGUGUUCUAUAAAUGAUUGCAUAAUUACUAUGAUUGAAGGUCGAUGAAAUUCUAGUAGGAUUUUUGACGGAGAAAGGGUCACGUAAGUAUUUUCUUUGGAUCAAACAUGUUGUCAAUCUUGCAAUGGACGAGGCCUUAAGGUUGAACCACAUAAAUCUUAUCUCCAUUUUUCUUCUCUUUUGUAUAUUGUGUGUUUAUGGGAUUGUAUAAGAGGUACAGAUAUACAAGUGGAUAGAUAUAAAACAGCCUUAUCACAUUUUAACUGUGAUUGUAAUUAUAUUGAAUUUUGCGUAAUUUUUAAGUUUGUGCCAAUA